UCAUGCUAUGGAUUCGCUACUGCGUACUGUGGUUUGCCUGCCCUACACAGCGAUCGUUCAUAGUGAGCCAGUGGCAACCAGACGCGUUUCGGAGCCCGGCCGAGCUCGUGCGAAGCAAGGGUUACGCGGCCGAAGAGCACGUGACGACCACCGAGGACGGUUACGUGCUGAGCCUGCAACACGUGCUGAGUGGUGGAGGCCGACUGCCUGGAGCACUUCCUGGACCGCCAGUCUUGCUCGUCCAUGGACUGCUAUCUUCGGCCGUCGAGUGGGUCAUCAACUACCCGCAUCAGAGCCUCGGAUUCCUGCUUGCUGAUGCGGGCUACGAUGUGUGGCUGGGAAACUACCGUGGCACGCCUUACUCGAGGGGUCACCGAGAGUACAGUGAUAGUGACAGCCGCUACUGGGACUUCCGCCUGGAUGAAAUUGGUCUGCUGGACCUGCCCGCCCUGGUGGACUACGUGCUGGCAAUCACCGGAUGGCCGCAGCUGUUUUUGGUGGGAUUCUCUCAGGGAAACACGGCAGCAUGGGCGAUGCUGGCCGACAAGCCACAGUACAACAACAAAAUACUCGUGGUGGUCGCCCUCGCACCCGUUGCGAACAUGACGUUCAUCCGAAGCCCAGUGCGUGUUCUAGUCCCUAUCUCACCUCUUCUCACGGCGUCGGCCAUCGCUGCCAACCGAGGUCGGCUGCUGGUGCGACCGCAGUGGUUGCGCCGUGUCGCCUACGCCUUGUGCGAGUCACCUCUGCGCUACGCCUGUGCUCUGCCAACCUUCAUCCUGUUCGGCGUCAACCCGAACCAGGUCAAUCAGUCACGCUUGGCGGUCUACACUAGUCACAUUCCCUCCGGUGCUUCCAAGAGGAACGUCGAACAGUACGCCCAGAUCAUUCGAGCCAGGAACUUCGUCAAGUACAACUAUGGUCCACUCAGGAACUUGGAUUUGUAUGGCACAGUGGACAGUCCGGCCUACGAUUUCUCCAAGAUUACAGCACCGGUGGCACUUUUCAGCGCUCGCAACGAUUUCUUCGCCAACCCUGAAGAUGUUUCCACACUUCGGCGAAGCCUGCCAAAUGUCGUGAUGGACUACAUUGUUCCAGAGCCGGCAUUCACGCACUUGGACUUUGUUUUAGGCACUGAUGCAGCUACAGUCGUUUACAGGCCACUCAUCGAUUUUAUGAAUUACUGGAUGCUUUUAUAUGGGGCGUAAAAGAACGACUUGUUUGAAGAGAGGGGCGGGAGUUGGUGCAUUCACCGGGUGACGCAUUGGCAACUAACUGAUAUAAGAUAGCCGCAUUGAUACACUCAUGACACAAAGAUCGAUAACAGCUACAGCGUGUGGUACGUAUAUUGCUGCGCGUAUUUCUCUUUUUUUUUGUUAACGUUUGGUCUUCCGAGGUUUACGUUUUGAAGAUGGCUAAAUUAACGGUGUGAGGAGCCGCGAACUGAUGUUGGCUAUGAAUAAAGCGUUCGCAAAUAAAAAUUCAUUCACUCACGUAAUGAUGAUGUUUUAAUAGCAAGAUAAUGAAGCCGAAAUGCCGUGAUGUGAUGUCGGCUUAUAAGAAAUGUCAAAGGUGUUACCACGUUUCAGAUACCCCUCUCUAAAAUGUGCUACUAAGUAAUAUGACGUUCAAGUUUUUCACAGAAAAGAUUCCCGCUGGCCGACCGGGAUUGUUUUGGCAGGAAUGUGCGUGCAGUUUAAAAUGACAAUGACGCCAAACGAUCAGUCCGUUUACACUAAUAAAUUAUUUU